AUUAAAAUGAAAAUUGUGGGAAUCUUGGCAUAUCAUCAGGGCCAUAGAGGAUCACAUACCCUAACAAACGUAUCUGCUUCUUUAAUCCUUCACUGCCAUUUGCCACCUUACUCCUACAAGCUUCAACUAAUUUUUUGAACCAUGUUUCCUUUACAUCAAGGCAAUGAAAUGUGCUUCCAGAUUUCUUCUAAUCCUCCCCACAAAAUCCCACAAGGUCUGAUUCUCUCCCACCCUGCACUCUAUGGCAGUGAUGUGACAGAUGACUUGGGAAAUAGUCGGCGGCGAAAGUCGAUUUCUCGGGACAGUGGUGAGACUGCUAGGAAUAAAGAUAGUGAUAAGAAGAAGUUGUUGCAUAGGGAUAUUGAACGCCAAAGAAGGCAAGAAAUGGCUACCCUUUAUGCAUCCCUUCGAUCUUUACUCCCUCUUGAAUAUAUCAAGGGAAAGCGUUCGAUAUCUGAUCACAUGAACGAGGCUGUGAACUAUAUAAAGCACCUGCAGAAGAGGAUCAAAAAACUGGAUGCCAAGAGAGAUGAGUUAAAGCAGCAGAGUUAUUUGAGAGAGAUUCCCCUACAAAGUGGAAGUUCAAGUAACUAUUCCCCAAGUACGGGAGUCAUAAUCCGGCCUCGUUUGGGUGGCAUUGAGAUUGUGUUCAGCAGUGGCUUUAGGGAGCAAGGUUUGACCCUAUCAAGAGUACUGCAACUACUUGAAUCUGAACUUUCUGUAGUUAACUGUGUUUCCACAAAAGUGAAUGAAAGGGUAUUUCACGCUGUCCAGGCUGAGGUGAAAGAUCCAACUUGCUUUAAUCUAUCCGAGCUGCAGCAGAAAUUAAACCCACUUGUCCCUUCAUCUUAGUCAUGUUUAUUCAAAUUGCUAUGUUCGUGAUUGUUGAGGACUCCAUUUCUGCACUGUACAUUUCUAACUUUUGAUCCAAACACCUAACUUGGUUUUAAUUGCUGAAUUAACAUGUUGACUUGAUUUUGAUGAAUAAGCUGAAGCCAUAGAUACUCUGUCCUUAUGGUUUGGUUAUGUUUUUGAUAAAUUUUGUGGAUAAUGGCAUUCAAAUUUCUUCUUUUGCAUUUUCGGAAGAUUUUUACUUAGUAGUUAUCUUCUAAAACAUUUUGAGAAAUAUGAGGUUAGUUCAGAAAUUCUCUUUAAUUGAGCCUUAUGCGUGGCAUAAUAUGCAUGUAUAUUGAAUGUUUAAUUAGGACCUGAGCUCUCCCUCGUUUUCAGUUGUAAUUUGUAUGAUUUAGCUAUUUAAACGGUUUCACAUAUUGUGUGUAUAUUGAUCAUUGAUUGCUGCAUUAUUACUUGAAAGAAACUUUUGUCAGCAAAACAUUAAUUUCAAAUGUUUUUAGGGAUAUAUAUACAGAAACUAGUACAAAGAAAUAGGCAUACAAUAAUAUGAAGAUUCAUUGAAAAUUAUAAGAUAAGCUGCUACCAUAGUAAAUAUUUAUUCCUCUCUUAUGCAUGUUGUAGGUUAAAAUACAAUUGCAGUAUCUUUAGCCAAAAUGUGGGCUGAUCAAAUUAUUUAAGAGAAUAUGUAUAUAAAUAUAUAGGUGCCUUCUAUGGUUACUUCUACUUUGUUCUUUUAACCAUUAGAUUACAACAUAUUAAUUCAUCUAAUUGUGGUUGUUUAUGCAGUAACAUUUACUUUGACAAAAAUAAAGCAAUUAACCAUGUAGGAUCUCCCACACACACUUAUAUAUAUUUUCCUUUUAUUAUUUCCUCAACUAUAAGAGAAUGUAAUUUGCAUUAUUAUACAUAUAUAUGGUUUUGUUAAAAUAACUGUUCUGCAUACUCUUGUGUGAUUGUUUUAAUUUGUUUGUUUUUUGAGCCUUUGCUCUCCUAUUGUGAAAAAAAAAUUAUAGAGAAAGGAAAAACCACUACUAUUUCCAAAGAUUUUUCAAGUCUAAUUAUAGAGCUUGUUUCCAUAUGUAACUAAUGAUAAGUAUUUUACUUUUGUAGUUGCAUUAAUUCAUGGUAACAUCGUGCCUUCAAUUCUUUUUUUUUUGGGUAAUGAAAUAUAUUUGUGUUAUUAUAACACUUUUUUUUGGGAUUGUGUUCUUAUUAACUUUGAUCCUUCAUGUGUACAUAUUUUGCAUACUUGCAUGAAUUUGUUUGCCAUUUAUAUAUGUUGUUAGCUAAAUGAUAUUGAACUUGCAUAUUGAUUUUAUGGAACUUAGUUUUCCCACGUGUAUAUGGUGGUUUGGCAUGUCGGCAAGUGAGUGAUCUCCCAAAUGCUGAGGGGUUAAUUGUCUAAAAAAUUGGGCGUGCCAACAACCGGCAGAAUGAGGUAUGCGAUCCAAGGUUUAUGCGUUGUACUGAAACCUUCCAGCUAUGUAGAUAUGGCCAACUCACAAUAGUCCCAAUCCAUUAUCCGGUAGGAUUUGAUGCCAGCUUGUGAAAAUCUGCACAUAUAUGUUGAUAAUAUCCACCACCUUUAAAGAACUUGGCAGUGAUGAUGGGUCCACGUGCUAAAUGCAAACCCCAGCCCUACAAUAUAUGUGCAUUAUUGAUAUUCAGAUGCAGCAUGAUUGAGACAUCUUUGUCUUUGUUAUGCUCCAUAUACAGAUAAUAAACAUCUUCUGUUCUUCAUCUUAGUACGUGACCUUUCGGAUGACGUACAUACAGUGUGGUUUUAGGAAUAAUUAAGCUAGCUGGUUGGUGACUUUUUCUCUAUCAUGCGGCUGCUUAAUCAUUUGUGAUCGUUAGGUGUGAAUGCGUCGAUCUCUUAGGAAAGCCUUGAUGCAUAGGCGACAGCCUUCUUACCCAUGUUGUGCUUCUGGUGGAAGUGUACACAUAUUCAGGAUUAGCUUAUAACUCCUUAAACUGGGUAGAAGAAUAACUUUACUUCCAAUACUUCUUCGUUUUAUUAAUUAAGCUUUUGAUUAAAGUCAUUGUGGAAUCUUCGAGCUGGAAGGUAAAAGAUUCUUUUUUGUAGUGCUCUUCUUCACAUCUUUGAUGGAAAUUCCAAUUUUAGAUCAUGGCAUAUUCUUAUCCAUAUUUACCUUUUGAUAAGUGGUGUAUGGGACACUUGAGAUCU